UCCUCAGCAGAGUCGACUGGUCACCACGGCUCCUGACGCAGGGGAGAAACAGGUCCUGGAGGAACUUAUGCGAGAUCUGUCUCUCUAUGGAAGUCCCGGUUCAGGCAACGAAGCCGACACCGAGUCUCUGAUGGAGUGCGAGCGAUCUCCCAGGAAAAGCGUUGUUGUCGUCACCAAAAUGAGCGGACCAAACGCCCGGAAGAUGACCAUGUCCAACGUGCCCCUCACGGUGGCAGCAGCCCUAGCCUCCCCCCCGAACGAGUUCAUGCCCAAAAUCGAGCUGAGUUCGUCCUCGCGUUCCCUCAACAGAAGCAUCCAGCACCUGGUCCAGGAGGACGCCGAGAACAAACCCAGUCACCGUCCUCCGACGCCCGCCCGCCCGUCCCUACCCACUUUGCUGCCCGGUAGGGUCGUGGACGUCUCCCUGAAUGCUUCCAUGGCCAGCUCCAAAAGCGACGGACGCCACCCGGCUCCCAGCAGGCGCCUGACCUUCAAUUCCUUCCCGAGGUCCUCCUCGGAGCCAAGGUCCCUCACCUCGUCGCCCAGACCCAACCAGACUCCCGGAAACGACUACGAGGACGACUCAGAUGAGCAUUCCUCGGACGUGCUGGAUUCCUCGACUCGCUCAGAGGGUUGGGACCACCUGAGGGGCUCCAGAGGGCGCGGCCCUGGCUUCACCAGCGGCUCUGAAGGUCACGUUGGUUUCCAUGCCCCCUAUCAACCGUCCCAAUACGGCGAAUCUGGCUGGCGAGGUCACAAUGGGUCGCACGGCAGAGGCGGACUGACCUCUCACGGGGAGAACGUCCUCAGCGUCGCUAAGAAGACCCUGGAACAACUGGAGAGCGUCUUGGCCCCGACGGAGGGGCAUUCCUUCUCCAGGGCCAUACCCAGAACGCGUGCCCCACAGCAGAUCCACCUGGAGACCUAGCAUAAGGCCACCCACCUCCAUCCGCAUGGGGGUCGGGACUUCCUGCUCUCUCACAAGAGGAAGAAGACGAGGCUCAGAUCCAGGAGCCAUGACAGGGGGAGUUUGGAAGGACCUCACGCCAGCAGCUCGUGAUUGGGAGGUCGCUUCUAGCAAUGACAGGCCACUGGAACUUGGAACCUGGAAACCUGGAACAAUGUCCCAAUCCAGCCAAAGUUUGAAGAACGCUGCAGCAUUAUCUGACGAAAAGUGGCCCCUUUCGUCCUGGAAGCAACGCUGCUUCCAGUAUUCCAGUUAAAGAGGAAGUGUGAUUCGAAUUCCAUAACCGAAGAUACGACCAUUUUAUAAUCCUUUUCCUUAGAUGUUAAAAGAAACUUGAAUAUUUCUUACACUUGAUAUUGAUACGUUUUAAAAUUUGGUAUAUAUACCCCGCUCUGUAAAAUAUCUAUGUGCGGCCACAUUCAUACGUCCAGUCCUAUGUACAGCAAUCUAUGUACUACGUCCUCUGUCUACUAACUGUUUCUUGAGACUUCUA